AGUAGUAAAUUGUGUUUGUUUGGUAGAUCUACUCAGCGUGAAAUACUGCAGAGCAGCGGCGAACUGCGGCGAACUUUCAUGAAUGUUCUUAUUUUAAUUCAACGAGUAAUCAUGGUAAUCGCCGGAUCUGACCGCGGAACUGGGCCGGCGAAGAAAUGCCACGUACUAGCAAAAUGUCAUGACGUUAUCUCCAGCCCUUUAGCGAACUGUGGGUUCCUUCGUGUGCAGCAACUCCCCCGCUAGGUCUAAGUCUGCCCACGCGGCUCCAUUCUAAGACUAGUGUGCUUGGAGACGGCACUGCAGGACUCGCAGUGAGAGAUGGAGCAGGGCUUCCACCCGGACUGGCAUAGUCUAAACGUGUUUAUCACGAGCCGCACAUCGGCUGAGAUUUUUGAGUGGAGGACGUACGACAGUGAUUUCCUGGAGGCGCUGUGCAAGAUGGAAGAAGCUGGCUGGGCAGUGAGCGCGUUACCGCUGGAGAGAGGACACACAUUACAAGUUCGAGUCUUGUAUAGUAGAAAGGUAAUAUUCGAGUCUGAUUGGACGAAUUCUUUCCUUUCAAUAGGGUUCGGCCGUUUUAACCCAGAUCUGUCUCCGCGUACAUUCAGAUUCAAUUCUGAAAGAGGUGAAAUUGGCCAAGUUGCAUUUAACCUGACUGACUCUCUUGCAAAGAUGUCAGACCCCAGGGAUCGAUCCUUUUUUGUACAUUGGUGGGCAACAGGUGAAGUGGUGUGCAGCGAGAUGAAACGGAAUGGUGGAAUGCGUAACCAUAAGCUAUCGGAUGUCCCUGGAGCGCACGAUAUCAUCUAUGCAGUCAUGCAAUUGGACCUGCCUGACCCAGAUGGAGUAUCCGGGGUUACAAUAAUUAUUGUGUCCUACAAAGUUUCUGAACCCAUGGUCAAGCCAGCCCGACUCCAACUGGAGAUUGGAAUACCGUUUCUACGCAUGAUUCUCAUCGGUGAAGCCGGUGCAGGCAAGACCAGCCUGGCGCGUUCUCUUUGCCGCAAGAAAAUCUUGCGCGGAAAGGACGACAACAGCACAGUCGGAGUGGAUGAAAGCACGUUCAUCAUCGAUGGCGAUCAGCUGGAGCAGGAGGCCAGCAAAGACGGCGAGGAAAUGCUCAGAAGGAGGAUCGCGUCUGUGAUCAAGGGUACCGCAACUGAUCCAGAGGCCUUUCUGCACACUGCCGCUGCUUCUUCUUCUUCUGCCUCACCUGUUUCGGAAUCCUCUCAUUCUGCUAACUCUGCUGCAAGCAAUACCAGAUCAGACAUUUCUUCUUCACUAGCAAGUGAUGCCUCUGGAUUGACGGACCCAUUCUCUGACUCGGCAGCAAGCGAGAACGAGUUACCACAAAGUGUGAUUAGUGAUAUCUCAAGCCGCGUGACAUCCUCUUGGUUCAUUGAGAAUGCCAGCGCAGAUAUUGCCGAGGGAUCGUUCCAAAUCAUCCGCAUCUGGGACACGGCAGGCCAGGACUCCUAUCGGCUGCUUCAGCACAUCGGCUUUGGUGCUGACCGCACUGUGUAUGCAAUUGUCUUCAACGCAAGCCAGUCUGUGGAAGCAGAGACUCCUCAGAGCACUGUUCGACACGAGGGCAAACAUCGGCCUUGCACUGCAGCUGUGCCGAGACAGCCAAGCCUUACGUAUAUCCACGACUACCUGGCCACAAUACACAACAUGCCGAGUAGCAGCAACGUGCGGGUGUUCCUCGUUGGCACGCAUAUCGACCAGCGUCGCUGGUUCAGUGGAGCCAUCCGGGAUGCGGAACGUGAUGUCAUCAUGAAAAGUCUUAAAGGGAAACCGUACUGCCACUUGCUGAAGUCUGACGACAUCGUGUUUGUCAACAACACACGUUCUGGUAGCUUCCUCUUGCCAGAACACGCUGGAAUCCGAAGCCUGCGCACUAAGCUUGUCGAGGAGAGUGUCAACCAAGAGGCUAUCCCACUUGCACGUGGUCUGGAAACGCUCGCACUUCUCGAGCUCUCUAGAGAUCCCCGUCUCUCCAGUCCCUGGAUCUCGCUCGAUGAUCUGCUUCGUCUGGCCCGCUGCCUUGACAUUGCGCACCGAGUGGACGAACUCAAACCUAUGCUGGGCUUUCACCACAACCUUGGCACCGUUCUCUUCUUUCCCCAGUCCGUAGCACUGCGGGAUAAAGUGAUCAUCAACGUACCAUCCGUGAUGAAGCUGGCUGGCUCGCUCAUUCAACCUGGAAUGAAGCGAGAAGAUUUCGUGAAGGAUCCACCAUCACGCGAAGACAUUGAUCUCUACCAACAAGGCUACAUCACGGUUGAACUGGCCCUGCGUUUAUGGCAAGAGCACAGUCCCGAGUUCCACCGGCUGAUGUUGAAUGAGGAGCACCGCCACACCUUCUUGCAGCUAAUGGAGACACUGUGCAUCCUGUGUGACCUGGGUGAAAUCACCACGGCCAAGAACGGAAAGAAGAAAGUCUUUCUCAUGCCAGCUGCUACCGAAAAUGAGUCUAUCCGUGAGCUGGAAGGCGGCUCCACAUCCGAGGCCAUUCUUCUGGCUUGCGACGAGAACGACCACUUUCCACAUGACAUGUUCCUCACAAUCGGCACGAAAUGCAUCACUCGCCACAACCAGCUCCUCGUCGAGAGCGGCACGAAAACCAACGCCUGGAGGAAGACUGCCCUGUCCAAGUUUUCCAUGCGACUGCCGUGGAAUGUCAGCGACGGAGAGUGGCUGCUAGUGGCCUACUGGAAGUGCGGCAUCUCUCUCAGAAUGGAGUCGGUCAACGUGCAGCGUGUCUUCGGCAGUGGUGAGGGUGAGGCAGCGUUACGUCAGGUGAAGCAAUGGUUGUCUGACAUGCAGGCAGUUACCAGUCAGAGACUUCUGAUUGAGGAGACGGUGGCAUGCGGUUGUGGCAAGAUGAGCGAUAGUGUGCUGUGCACUACGCACGGUAGAGGGAAGUGCAUCGAACGCGCUACCUGCUUUCACACAGUCGACGUGUUUGAGCCCGGAACGACUCCGAUGUGUCCCGUCUUGAACAAGGAGGCAAGGAUCCCCAAUGGAGGACUGUCUUUCUGGAAGAGAUGGACUCAGGACCCUUCAAACCUUGUCCUGCGCCGAGAACCGACUCCAUCAGGCUCAGCGUGUGUGGGCACUGGUGGUGCAGCCAUCAGUUUACUUUACAUGUCACCGGAGGAAUACGUCUCGGCAAAGUACUGCAACCUGAACAACGUUGAUAAGCUGGUGACACUUACCGAUUUGACUGAUCUCGGAAACAAGAUGGCGGAGUACUUGACUCUUGCGGAACGAAAGAAACUGGCCAAGCAGCUGGUAAUGGCAGCCGGUGAGUUUGUCAACAACUUCGAGAGCAUCAUGAUCUCUUACAUCAAGGAGAACCAACGCGGCCUAGCGGAUACCGACAAUGUGGCCGGUCAGCUCUUCUACAUCGUCCACAAGAAGGAGAUCAGCUGCAAGGAGCUUCUGUGCAUCUUGGCAGCGUUCACUCGGGAGGAAGUCGUCGAGAGAGUAGCACAGAUUAUUGAGCGUGCACGGUUCAUUGACGGUUAAGCUCACGAUCCGGUCGUCUCGAGCCGGCAAGGUGUCCGACUAAACCUGAUGCUCCGCGUAGGUUUGCCGUUUGCUGUCCGUGCCGGCCAACGCCUAUCUCUGUCCAGUGCCUUGCGCAGCGGAGUGCUUGCUCAAAGUAGUGUGCAGGCUGCACUUUGGACAUGGACAAUAGUCACACGAAUCAUGACUUGCAUCAGGUUUGUCAUUCAUUUCUUUGUUCUGCAUGUUCAGAUUUGGUUCGUAAUGGAUGCCAAGUGGAUUGAAUGAUCGUUUUCUAGGAAUUUUUUAUCUUUCCCGCCACUUAUUGAAUUAUUGGUAAAAUGUUCUCUUGAAAUUCUUUGCCUAAACUACACAUAAUUAUUAUGCAGCGUAGCACUUUUUCCACACCCGUUUUGCGUAUUUGUUUGAUUUAUCAUGUCCCCAAGUUUUCCUUUAGAUUUAGCAAUGCUUUAGAAGUAGCAAUGUAUCACAAAUACAUACAUUGACACACACACACACACACACACACACACACACACACACACACACACACACACACACACACAUACAUACAUACGCACGCACGCACGCACAUGCACGCACACACGCACACACACACAUACACACACACACACAUGCCGAUGUGCACACAUGCCGAUGUGCACACAUGCAUACAUGACUGUACAUGCAAAUACGUCCGGCAGAACGCACAGACACCUCGUCUGUGCAUGCAUAUCAAGGAGAGAUUUUGAUUUGAUCAAACCGCUGUCCAUGCACUGCUUCGCUAGUGUCGCUGCGUCUCCCACAACCUAUGUGAAUAUUCUUGAACUGGAGUCCGACCUUGUUCGACUCUUGAUAUUUUUCCUUUAUUUGGAGUGUGCCCCCCCCCCCCCCCCUACUUCCUCACCCGGAAGUUGCGAUUCAGCUUCUGCUUCCGGCGCUCGUAGUUUGCCGUUUUUCAAGUUUUUCGCCUGCUCCGGCAUUUUGCAGUUUUUUUUGAUUAUGUGCAAUCACUAUAGCAUUCAUUGUAUUCAAGCCGGACCCCGGCACUGCACAACCACAGCAGUCGGCCGGUCUGACUCGAUUUUCAAAAGACUAAGUACACGCUCCUCUCAGUUAGGGCUGUCAUGUGACAUGCCCCAGGAAGUAAAGAUUUGACUAGAAUCGA